CGGAAAUGAAUUCAACAAAGACCACUCCUAGUUUGACUAGUAACAAACAUAGCCAUCUUGAGAAAAUCCCCACUGUUCUUCUGCUAGAUAAAGACCUGCAAAUUCAUUCAUUUGGACAUAAAGCAAGAGAGGAGUACACACACCUUCGAGGACAAAAGGAAGCCGAAGAGGUCUUUUACUUCGAAAACUUCAUGACUUUGAUAUAUGAGGCAAGCACAAAGAGUAUGGAUAGAAGCAUUCAAAUACCUGACGCAAAAGGAAGGAAUGUUAGUGCCGAAAUCAUCAUAAGCCGAUGUGCCUCGUAUAUGAUAGAACGAGCAAUAAGACAUAUUCGGGAAGAGUUUGCACACGUUCUGCUGAGUAACUUUAUGUUUGUCUUUACCUUGACAACAUUUUGGUCUUUAGGAGAUGAAUUUUUCCAGGAUGCUCUAAGUGAUGUAAAUAAUAAGACAUACAUCAACUCAAGCCUUUUCUUAAAACAGUUAUUUUAA